GAAAACCCUUUUUUUUCCUAUGCCGAAGCGUAUCCGACGCCAGCGCCCUGAGUCCUUCAGCUUUUGGGAUUUCCCAGCCUUGCUGCAGUUUUUGGAUUCCCUGGAUGUCAAGCGCAGCCAUGCGCCAGCCCUCCUUCGGACAUUGGCGAGCAAGCUGGUGACGGCCGGCGGUGCGAACGCAGACUGUGACACCUGGGAAGCGCUAGGCGUCAUUGAUGAGACACUUCUGGACCUGGGCCUUCCGAGGAAAGCCUGCGAGCUCUUGACCAGGACCAAACCCUUCAGCACUAGGCUGAGUAGCGCAAUGACCUCCAGUGACCAAUCCACCUGUAAGAUGGUUCUUGACCUUUGGGACGGCCACAAGGUGGAGUCGGUGAUUAUGCGACACGAAGAUCGAACCACCAUUUGCGUCUCUUCCCAGGUGGGCUGCCAAAUGGGCUGCACCUUCUGCGCCACUGGCACCCUGCCGAUCGUGGGAGAUUUAGAUGCUGGCGAGAUCGUGGAACAGCUGUUGCUGGCGCAGCGCUUGGAAUUUCAGAAGGGCUUGGCGCCUGUGCGGAACUGCGUCUUUAUGGGUAUGGGUGAGCCCCUGAACAACUACGACGCGGUGGUCUCGGCCGUGCGGAGCAUGACGGGUUUGGGGCAGCUGGGGGCCUACGCCUUGCCGCAGAGUCGCGUGACCAUCUCUACGGUGGGUGUAGUGCCCAGGAUGAAACAGCUUGUGCGCGACUUGCCCGGGCUCAGCCUCGCCCUCUCGCUACACGCUCCAACGCAGGAGCUGAGAGAAAAGAUUGUGCCAUCGGCGAAGCACGUCUCCAUGGAGGACUUGCUCUCCGCUAUGGAUCUACAUUUGGAGCAGAAGACAGCACGUGCCAUGAUUGAAUACGUCCUCCUCUCCGAGGAGAACGACAGCGAUCUGUGCGCGACGCAGCUGGGGAAAUUGCUGGCGCCCAGAGCCCGGAAGAUCAUGGUGAACUUGAUCCCUUACAAUCCAACUGCCUCCGGGGGAUUCCAAGCCCCGAAGCACCAGCGCGUGGAGCGUUUCCAACAGAUUCUGGCCCACUUCGGCAUCAUGACACGCGUGCGACGAGAGAUGGGACAGGACAUCGCAGGCGCCUGCGGCCAGUUAGCCUUGAAGGAGUCCGAAACUGCCGAAGACCUGGAAGAUUUUGUGCAGUGGCGUCGGCGGCAGCCAAAGAACAGCAAGCAGAUGGUCAGCGCCGAAUGUGAGGCGCUCGUGGCCGCUGCCUUGGAGGUCGAUGCAGCUUCUCCACUCACGCAGGAAAAGAGGCUGGAUCGGUGAUUCUUCGCAGGGCAAAAUUCCGGACAUGGCUGCAGUAUUCGAUCUGCGCCACGGUCACCCUCUCCUUGGCCUUGGCAGUCCUGGCGCGAAAACAACGCGGCAUGGCUAUGGCCGCGAUCCGAGCCGGCUGAAGCCGAAAA